AUUACACUUCUGGUUCCUUUACCUAGGGAUAAUCAGGCUGACCGCUACAGGAGAAACUCACAGGACAACACGACGCUGCCAGCAAAACGCCCAAACGUUUACAAUACGACAGACGUACAGCUGGUGAACUACUUUUGACAAACGGCAGUCACGGCGACUUGGACUUUGUCUUUGACUUCACUUUGGAUAAAAGGUCUUCCCAUUCUAAAUUUAGGAGUAGAAUAUUCCAUUUUGCAUAAAGCGAGCAUCGAACACACUCACCAUAUAAGACAACGGUCUUAUUGAUUCCCUCAGCUAUACUCUUUACUUGUAGUCAAUAGCUUUGUAACUUCGCUACACAUUCCUACUUUCUUUAUCAUUUCCAUCGCUACUCCCUUUAAUACUUUCCAUCCCCUACUUUCAUACCUUGGCUUUAACAACAUCCACUAGCUAUUAUUAGAAUCACUGGUGACUCUAAUUCUAUUUCCAAUCAUUAAAUUCAACUUGCACUUUCUUCACAUUGUGUCAUAUAUAACGAAAUGUCUUCAUUUCGUCCCACGCGUACCGAUCCCGAAGUCGAACUUCCAUACCGUGUUAUCUUCGAAAGAGACGAAUCCUCAGCUUUACCCACAGACUCGCAUGGCUGUGUAAUAUGUCCCUCAGACCCCGGUACCUGUCCCACCUGUAAAGGCAACGAAGUCUGUCAGCAGCGAUCGCCAACUUGUGAUCAUUGUGCUACCUUCUAUUGUGGUCCCAACCCAACCAGCUCCGAAAAGAGUACUCCUCCCAUUGGAGCCAUUGUAGGGGGUGUCAUAGGAGGUGUAGUGGUGAUAGCAUUAUUGGUAGGACUCUACUAUUACAACUUUAUCUAUCUCAAGAGACGUCAAUUGUAUGACGACACUGACGUGAUGAUGGAGGGCCUUGGAGGCAAUGAAAACGACGACAAUAGCGAACUCAGUAAAAACGAUAGCUCCAACGAAAUCCAACGAUCACCUAAUAAGGAGUCAUUUGGUACUGAUGCUACUAUGGUUGAAAGACCUCCUACACGUAGAACCAACUCCAAUAACCUGUUGCAGGCCCGUAAGAGACUUUCGUCGUACGAGUCAUUUACGAAACCUAGUAGAAUACGGAACCACUCAGGGGGAGCAGCAAAUUCAACUGCGGCACAAAGGCGAGCCAGGCAACGACACAUCGUAGAACGUGCAAAUGCGGCUAACAGUGCUAAUGUUAAUAAUGCCAAUGGUGCUAAUGGAGCUAACGGGGUAUAUAUCAACAAUUCUAACCGUAACUCUGUAGCCACUUCGAUUUCGACUACCAAUGCCUCCAAUAUCUUGCCCAUAGCAUACAUACCUGGUGUGACAGUAAGACCCACCAUCAACAACACACGUUCCAUUUACUCGUACGACACAGAGUCGGUAUUUUCCGACUUGAACACCAUUGAAAACGCAUCUAUUGUCGGCGAUGUCAUGAAAGUGAACAACCUGAGCUCAACAUUAGGAGACGGCCAUCCAGAACCAAAUGUAGACUCGCCUGACGAUCAGAGAAAGAACGGCACUAUGACGGCCAUCAAAGCCCAGCCUCGUUUGGUCAAUGUGGACAGAAUCGACGAAGAUGAUGAAGAUAUCACAGACGAUGAAGAUGAACAUGUGGACGAUUAUGACGAUAAUAAUGAAGACACCUUCAAUGCCAAUAGUACCCAUAUCAAGAAACUCAAUAGCAGCAACAACUCCAGCAACAACAACACGACUACCCUAACCAACCUUGUAUUUAACUUGGACGAACAAAAUUCAGAGUCAGAGUCUGACUCAGAUGUAGACUCUGACAUUGGCGAAAUUGCCAGAGCCACUAGUGUAAGACGUAAUCCCAGCUCCAACUUUUCUCACGAGCCAGUAAAACAAGACCGUGAGAUUCUUUUGGAUGUUGACGGUACCAGUAGCAAGACAAAUCUUAUGGGGUUUGAUGCUCCUGGUUCAAGUACAGCUCCUGGCGACACUGGUUCGUUUGUGUUUGAUGUGACAUUUGACGAUUCGAACAAACACAGUUCGGAAACCAGCACAGAAAGAAGUCCUUUUGAAGACCCGUGAUAGGAUGAACAUGAGUACGUAAGAUCAUAAAUAGCAUUACUUUAGUAAACAAUGAACAGGGUCGACGUAG